AUGUCGUUGAAUACGUUUAACCCCGAACCGGGAAUGCGCGAGAAUAAGUUCACUCUUGCGCCCAAUGAACGUGUGAUGAGAAAGGACAAAAAUGUGGUCUUGGAGUUUAAAAAUCAAUCCCAUGCGUGCAGAGAAAUGAAGGGCAAGCACACUGGAAACAUUCAUGUCACAAAUUUACGGGUCUUUUUCUUGAACGAGUCAGCAAAAUCAAAACUCCGUGAUUUCAUCAUUCCUUUCAAUUGCCUCUCAAAACUCGAGCUGAAACAGCCAAUCUUCGGCUCCAACUACGUCAUCGCCGAUGUCAAAGCUGCGCCUGGCGGUGGUUGGGAAGGAACAACCCAAAUAAACUUGACCUUCAACUCUGGCGGGUGCAUUGAGUUCGGCAAAUUUGUCCUCGCCACUGCGAACAGCUCGCGAACUCAAACUGUUUAUACGCAGCCGCAGUUUGGACUCCAAGGGUACCCGGCUCCACCACCAAAUCCCUAUACUCAAAACCAACAGGGUCAAUUCAACGCGGCCACAGGAAUGUACGAGUUCCAGUCGAACUCGGAGUUCAACUACGGUGCUCCCAUGGCUCCACCUGUUGCUGGACAGCGUCUCCCAGAUGCUCCACCGAGAUAUGAAGAUCUCCCACAGUCGGACCUUCCUCCGCACAUCGCCAGCUCAGUCCCCGAAAAGAAAAACGAUUAA